CUUAAUGCCUCCUUACAGGUUGUGCGCGAAGGAAACGAUGAUCCGUUAAAGGAGAACAACAUAAUCCAAGCCGUGGCGAAAUUGCAUGCAAGACCCAUAUGUUCUAGGUUAACCGCGCCACUCCAAUGUGUAACCACCGAGGACCUUAGGGCCCUCUUGUAUCACCGGCGUCAAAUGUAUCUGAGGGUCCGCGAACUGGCCGACCAUCCUUCUGUGAUAGGUUUCUCUAGGAGGCAAAGAACGAUAGUAAUGUCGCCAGACCAGUAUGCAUCCCAUAUUCAGGCUUUCCCGGAAGACGAACAGUUGAUCAACAAAGAAAUCUCACACUUCUUGACGAUGUGUAUGCUCUUCGGCGGGGGUGUGAUACCUGGUUCGCGUAGAAGACGACGACAGUCAGCGAAUCAAAGGGGUACAGAGGCGACCUCUACGAAUCAUCCAGAUAAUGACGAGGACGAAGACGAUGACGAUUUCAUGCCCCCCAUGCCUAGACAUUCGAACAGAAAUACAGGAGAAAGUUCUAGGAACACUGCAAGAGGACGUUCACGCACAACAUCGAGAUGCCAUACAACUGAUAGGGAAAUAGGACGUGGUACCACCUCGGAGAAACCUCAAGAUGAUGACGACGACGACGAUUUCAUGCCACAACGACCCCGCCCUCCGAGGCUUCCAUCUCCGGAGGACACCGAUGACCCUGAAAAUGAUGAUGGAUUUGCUCGUACUCAUUUUUACAACUUCCCAGAACCACCUCGGAGACGACAACCAUCUUACCCGGAUAGCUUUGACCAUCGCACCUGGAAUUCUUACGCUAAUUUGCGUCGCCACUUUCCUUCGCCCUAAGCAUCUAUUGUAACCCUAUAUAUUUUAUUCCCUUAAGGCAUGAUAUUAUGUUCUUUAGGCGUAUCGUACAUGAUAAUGUUUGUUGUUGUUCGCUCUUUAUGUGUAACCUCUGUACCGGGUUCUAUGCUACUUAUGCUUUACAACUACUAUUGUUUCCUCUGUACUGAGAAUUUCUUAAAUUAACAAUACAGUGAAUAAGACAUAAUAGGGAUGACCUCGACAUUAAAAUCAAUAAUACAUGUGUCAUGACAAAUUGUCCUGGCUACUCAACGGCGAUGAUGCCUCACACAAUCUCCAGGCGUGUAAGCGUCUGGCGGGUGUGUGGCUCUCAUCCCAGCAGCCUGCGCAGGCCCCUGCCUUGCGUGCCCUUGGUCGUCUUCAUCAUCAUCUGCCUGCCCUAUGGGAACCCCACCGAACGUGUAUCCCGCCCCGCUUACUCGGCUCUGCAUG